CUAAAAUACAAAGUUCAAAGUUUGGUAGGCACCGGAAGUUUGGCCGCCGCAGAACAAAGAAAUCUGUUUUCUUAGUUGUGUAAACUGUGCAUGAGAUGGGAGUGGCCAUCCCCAAGCCCCUUUUGCGUUUGCGCAUGUGUACGCUUAUAUGAAGGUGUGUCCUGAAAGAACUCCCACAACUUGGGCACAAAGAAAGAGCAAAAAGUGCGUUUUCCCCCAUUGAAAAGUAACCAUGAGUGACAACUGCCCGUCUGGAUUCGCGUGGGACAAGGUAGUAGAGGCCUGUCUGUCGUGCAGUCUGUGUCAGGAAUUUCCGGCCACGGCGAUCUGUCAGAAAUGCAGCGGCACACCAGGGAACAACCCCGAUAAUGGAGCCCUACCGACCGGUACAGUGGCAGGAAUAGUGGUGUCCUGUGUCAUAGUGCUGGUGUUGGUGGCUGUCUUGUUCUUCGUCUACCGCAAGUGUCGGAAGGACCGAGAUGUGACGACACGGCCUGUGCAGGUCGAUACUGACCCAGAAACCGGCUCUGAGACCCAGAGGCUGUGAUGGGGGAUCUAGUGUCUACAGUUACAUGGACAUUGUAGAAACACAUGUAGAGGCGGUGUUGGAACAAAUAAAGCAACUUUGAUAUUAUAUAUUACUGUUAGGUUGUUAUAAGCAAUGUUAAACUUUGACCAUGUUGAACAUGUUUACGUACUGAAAACUACCUUCUAGCUUAAUCUUUUGAGGGAUUGUAAAUUUGAAUGUAGAACUGAGUGAAGAGUAAGCUUCACAUAAGAAAAGUUCCCGUCCGAGUUAGGGGUGGGUACAAGUUUACCUGUUUUGAAUGUUACUCCGUUUCGGACGCUAAAUUUGUCACGCAAAGUCACGUCAAAUUUGUCAUCAAGACUUGUUUUACCCGAAUUCCACGAAAGAUCCAGCUCGUCUCGAGUUUCAAUGAUUCAGAAUAUGUUCGUUUUCCUGUAUCAAGUUUCUUGUCGACAUAGACCAAGCUAUGUUGAAACAAGCAGUGUUGAAAAUACCACAACGACAUUCAUCCUUUGUGUAAUACCACGCAUGUAUGGGUCAUUUAUGCAACACUGACUGUACCUCAAGUAUGCAAACAAUGUACACUAUGGGCGGUUAUCAAUGUCGUGCGGUUUUGGCCCAGUGGAUAAAUGCUAUUUGUGUGGCGUCUUGUUCGUAAGUAGAGGCACGAAGGUGUGGGAUAGGUAACAUAGUUUGGUUGGUGAGGUGGCAAUUUAACAUACCGCAGGUUCAAAAGUUCAUACCUGUCUACCUUUCCCCGCCAACAUGUCUGUUGAAAGGUUUAUCAUCCUCUUUUUCUAGCGAGUCAACAAUCAUGGUCUUGCAAAACUGUCAACACGUACACACAUGUUGGCAGUGUUUAUCCAAUGACAAUGAGCUUUGACCAGUAUUUGCUCGAACUGAACAGGUAAUGUUUUUCCUAAGAGAAGAUACCAGUAAGUGGAUUUUGUUACCCGAUAGGACUGCCUAAGUCUAGUUUGUCAAAAACAGACUUACGGUGCUUCAAGCAUUAAAUAAAACUCUAAA